GUGCGGGUGGGGGAUUAAUUGGCGAUUAAGUGUAGAUAUUAUGCGUGCUAAAUGGAUAAACGGUUAUAAUAAUUUUGCGAUAUAAAUACCAGUAAUUUGAGUAAACAAAUCAUUCUCAACUGGGGCUUGCUUGUGGGUUAUAGUUGAAUUUGCAAAAUGAGGACAUUCGUGUUGGUUUGUUUGUUUGCGGUAGCAGCCACUGCUGCGGUCUUGCCUGAAGCAAGUUAUAUACCACCAGAGGAGAAACUUUCCAGUGAAUACCUUCCACCAUCAGAUGAAGUAGCAGAAGUUAAGGAAGCAUCGGCAGAUUUGACAGAUGAUGGAUAUCGUUACAAGACAGUGAGGAAAUUAAAAUACCGCCAGCGAAGGGAUGUAUCCGAGCUUCCAGCUGAGUAUUUGCCUCCGUCAUCACAAGAACUGUCAAGUGAAUACAUUUCUCCAGCUGAAGUAAAGGAAGCUGAAGCCCAAGAAGCUAUUGCCCCUGAAGAUUCUGCCGUGCUUGGUGAUGAUGGAUACCGUUACAAGACCAUCCGUAAAUUGAAAUACCGUCAACGUCGUGAUGUAUCAGAAAUUAUUGCUCCCGAAUACCUACCACCAGCUGAAGAAGCAGUUGCUGCCGAAUAUAUUCAACCAGCAGAAGUCAAAGAAGCUGUAGAAAUCACUGAGGUUCCAGAAGAAUCAGCUGCUCUAGCUGAAGAUGGAUACCGUUACAAGACCAUCCGUAAACUGAAAUACCGUCAACGUCGUGAUGUAUCAGAGAUUAUCGCUCCUGAAUACCUGCCGCCAGUUGAAGAAGCAGUUGCUGCCGAAUACAUUCCACCAGCAGAGGUCAAAGAAGCUGUAGAAGCCACUGAGGUUCCAGAAGAAUCAGCUGCUCUAGCUGAAGAUGGAUAUCGUUACAAGACCAUCCGUAAACUGAAAUACCGUCAACGUCGUGACGUAUCAGAAAUUAACGCUCCGGAAUACCUGCCACCAGCUGAAGAAGCGGUUGCUGCCGAAUACAUUCCACCAGCAGAAGUCAAAGAAGCUGUGGAAGUCACUGAGGUUCCAGAAGAAUCAGCUGCUCUAGCUGAAGAUGGAUAUCGUUACAAGACCAUCCGUAAACUGAAAUAUCGUCAACGUCGUGAUGUAUCAGAGAUUAUCGCUCCUGAAUACCUGCCACCAGUUGAAGAAGCAGUUGCUGCCGAAUACAUUCCACCAGCAGAGGUCAAAGAAGCUGUAGAAGCCACUGAAAUUCCAGAAGAAUCAUCCGCUUUAGCUGAAGAUGGAUACCGUUACAAGACCAUCCGUAAACUGAAAUACCGUCAACGUCGUGACGUGUCGGAAAUUGUUUCACCCCAAUACCUUCCACCGUCUGAAGAAGCUCCUUCAUCCAAUUAUAUUCCACCAGCAGAGGUCAAAGAAGCUGUAGAAGCCACUGAAGCUCCCGAAGAAUCAGCAAUUCUUGCUGACGAUGGAUAUCGCUACAAAACAAUUCGCAAGCUUAAAUACCGUCAUCGCCGUGAUGUCUCAGAGAUUAUCGCUCCCGAAUACCUGCCACCAGUUGAGAAAUCUGCCUCAGAGUACUUACCACCAACAUCAGUUGAAGAAGUAGCUGAGGUAACGGAAAUCCCUGCAGAAAAAUCCGCAAUUCUAGCUGACGAUGGUUAUCGUUACAAGACAGUUAAAAGAAUCAGAUACAGGCAUUAAAUUGUUUUUACAUUACAAAUUAUUAUCUCAUUUUGACUAUUUAAACCCAUGCAAGAAAUAAAAAUUAUUUAAGAUCACUGAA